AUGUUGAGGGGUCUUUAUAAUUAUGCCGAGGGGUUCCGUUGGGAGAUAACACCUGUUCUCUGCUUCAAAGGCGGAUUCUGUUCCAGUGAACUAGAUCCCAAGAAUUUCAUGUAUUCGGACCUUCGCGUCGGCAACUACGCCAACCGACAAUACGCCUGGCUACAGUGCAACGACCUGAUUAGCAGUUACAUAGUCGGCGCGCCCCUGAACGAAACUUCGUUAGUAAGUCGCCUUACAACAACAGAGUUCUUUCUCAAACAAUGCGCUUUGUUCUUCCCUGAUGGUCCGAACGGAGAAACAUUUGGUGCGAAGAAGGGUCGGACAGCACACGUCCUCAACCAUUACACAGGUGGCUGGCAGCCUACAAAUGCAACACGUAUCAUUUAUAGCAGCGGCAGCCAGGAUGUAUGGCGCGAGAUGGGUGUUGCAGCUCAGCGGCGACCCGGCGGACCAAUGCGAAGUACACCAGAGCAGGAUAUAGUCGUCCAUGUUAUCGAGACUGGGUUUCACCACAGCGAGCUAAUGACGCGCACUGCGGAGAUGCAUCCAGACGUGCGUAGAGUCCGAGACCUUGAGGUUGAACAGAUAUGUAGUUGGGUACAACAAUGGCCAGGCUACCGUUGA